AUGAUCUCCGGGGGGAGCCAGCGGCGGCAGCGCGAGCUGGGCCGCCGGAAGAUCCAGGCACUGACCCGGCGCUGCAAGGAGAUCGAGCAGGUCAACGAGAGGGUGUUGAACAGGCUCCACCACGUGCAGAAGAUCACGCGACGGCUCAAGCAGGAGAGGAAAUUCCUUAUGAGGGUCCUGGAUUCCUAUGGCGAUGACUAUAGACAGAGCCAGCUCACCUUUGUCCUAGAGGACGAAGGCAGCCCCAGCACAGAAGCCCCCACCCCUGGCAACAUUGAGAAUGAGCCUCCAGAGAAGGAGACCUCCCGGCGUUUCCCUGGUCCCCCUCCAGCUGGCCCAGAGCCCAAGAGCCCCUCCCAGGUGGAGACCCCCGUCGGGAAGAAGCGGCGGCGGCAUGGGCGGGAGGACAAGGAGCCGCGGGGCAGGCGGCCACCCCCUGCCCUCCUCUCCAUGGAUGACUUCCCCUCACAGCUCAAAAGCGAGGACGAGUUCCCCUGCGACCAAGACACCAUACUUGGCCCCAGCUGGCCUCCGCCCCGGGACAAACUCCUCCAUUACCCCAAGUUCUCCAGCCCUGGGCCCUGUGCUGAUUUCGACUGAGCCUUCCAGGAACUGACCCUCUGUCUCUCAAGGAGUUAAACCGGGAGGGGUUCUUCCCCCCCCUCCCCCCCCGUGG